AAGUGGAGGAUACACGUCGUUCGUUGUAGUUGUGUUGCCUCUUUCGAAACUUGACUAAAUGAGAGACAAAAAGGAAAAGAAAUCAAAUCGAAAAAAUGAAAAAAUAUCAGAAGAGAGAAAACGGCGGCAAACGGGCAACACUUCAAUGUGAUUGGCUAGAAGUUGAUAGGGUGGGAGGUACGAAGGCGAUAUCCGAAGGGUAGGGGUUGUUGAAUGAGUACCACAGGACGCUCGACGUCGCGAUGCAUUCCGUCGAAGUUACCCUGACACGAUAUCAUCGGUAUCUCUGGGAUGACUGAAUUAUCCCACGGGACGGAAACGAAACGAGUUCGACUAAUUAACGACGAGUAAAAAGAAUUUGUUCUUGAGAAUUAUUACUUUUACCUAAGACGAUCGAACGAACGACCAACCGACCGGUACUCUGUUUCCAAAGAGAGACAUAACCGAGGAAAGUUUUAAGCACUGAUUUUUCUGAUUAACAACUAAAUAUUCUUAACGAUUUUCCAAAACGAGAAACGAACAACGAGAUAAUGAGAACAAUAGAGGAUAUCUUUCUUAUCUUAGGACUGAAUAUAUUUCGGUUGUUAACGAUUUAUGGUGCACCCUUAUCAAACCCAAAAAUUGAUUGGGAAAAAGGAGACAAUUUGACACCUGUUAUCACAACUGAUUGCGCGACAAAUCUACGAUGCUUGGAAGUGUUACCACUUGAACCAGUUUCUAGCGAUGCGAUCAUUAUUCCCGAGGAUAUAUCAGAGACAAGAUUACCAACUAGACGACAGAUUACAAAUGCAGGAACUGACUCAGUAUUACAAUCAUGGAAAGACAGUGCUCCUAUUUUGGAGAACGAAUCUCGGCCAUUAUUACCGGUUAAACGAGUCUCAAAUAAAAUGAUUAAAAAGGAUUCAUUGUUGUCACAUGGUUGGGGUGCGGGUGGUAUGCCAUUUUCUGUUCUUUACAUGACACCACAUGGAUCUAGGCUCAAUCAUGGUAGCAACACCGCAACGGGAACGAGUCAUCAACAAGAUGUUGGAAAAACUAUUGAAAAUCCUACAGUGCCUUUAGUACAACCCAAUUAUCGAGUCGUUUCUAGAAAUGGACCAUCUGUGCAAUCGAGACGACAAUAUCCGAUAAUACCUCAGCUCUUUAUAUCAUACGGAUGGGGAUCACUUGGAAAAUAGACGACAUAGACUCUCUUGACGAUUUAAUAGAUAAUUCUGAAGAACAAGACUAUGAUCUCAUUACAUUUUAAAAUCAUUCUGCGAUCGCUUUAUAUUUAGAAAACAUUGUGCCGAUUUCAUUCUAAUUCUAUAUCAUAAAUAUAUUUAUAGAUAUAAAUAUAUAUAACAUAUAUAUAUAUAGAUAAUCGUUAUAGCUGAGAAUAAUUGCUAAUAGUCGAUUUAAUUUAUGUUACACCUAAUUCUUUGUAGAUAAAUACGUUAGAAUGAUUUAAAGAGAUGUAAUACAUUUUUCCAAACCUCAUAUAUCGUAGAAUUCAAAUAAAAGAUAACAUUAUAAGA